GAACUUGGUGCUGACUCGUCAGUCUGGCAGCGGGUCAGCUGACACCGGCGCAUCACACCGCACACUUACAAAAUACCAAGUGGGAGCCGCUUUUUACUCCGUAUUCAGCGGCGGAUUGAAGCAGCUGGCCAGACUAUGGGGAAGGGCGGAGUCUUCACACCGAGCUCGUUUGGCUUGACCGAUUCAGGAAACUUUACGUCCCUGUGUCCCAACGGCUCCCAGUGGAUCUGGGAUGGACUCGGGGAAUGUGCCCAGGACGGGAGGGACAUGGCCAGCGUCUACCUGGGCCUCCUGUCCAUCGUCUGUUUUAUGGUGUCGUCUCUCCCACAGUAUUACAGCUCCUGUAAAAAGGGGAAUAUGGACAGUGCCCUGUCCAUUUGGUUUCUGCUGCUGUGGUUGGGAGGCGAUUCCUGUAAUCUGGUGGGCUCCUUCCUGGCUGACCAGCUUCCACUUCAGACCUAUACAGCAAUUUAUUACGUCUUGGCUGACCUGGUGAUGCUGUCCAUGUACAUGUACUACAAGAUGAGACACAAAAUGGCUCAAAGCAGAAGAGUUUUGAACGCCGUGGGUGUUUCCUGCGUUCUGGGCCUCACUGCAGGUCUCACCCAGCUGCCUGUGGUUGGCCCCCAACCCCAAAGGAUUUCCUCUGGGUUCACAAGCCGCUCUUUGCUCUCAACCACUGAUUUUAGCGCCAUCAAGCCUUUUACUCCUAAAGAGAUUGUUGGUUUCUCCAUUGGGUCAGUGUCAUCAGUCCUCUACCUCUGCUCUCGGCUGCCACAAAUGUACACAAAUUUCAAGAGGAAGUCGACAGAGGGAGUGUCUUACUUCUUGUUUGCUCUCGUCAUCCUGGGGAACACUUUGUACGGUCUGAGUGUCUUACUGAAGAACCCGGAGGAGGGCCAAGGCGAGACGAGCUACCUGGUCCAUCACCUCCCCUGGCUCAUCGGAAGCCUGGGAACGCUCACCUUGGACCUGAUCAUCUCAGUACAGUUCCUCAUUUACCGCAAGGCUCCGGUUCAGAACGUGAACGGGAGCCUCGCUAAUGAAGAGACGGCGCCUCUGCUCAGGAGCUGAGCGAACAGACGGACAACGUUCUGGAGCAGCUCGCCUCCAAUCAAACUCACUUGGUCAACACACACAAACUGUAAUCUGUAGCUCAUUACUGGUUUUAUUUAUUAGGAUCUCAUUCUUGAAUGUUUACAGAUUUUCUUUUAAUCUCCAAAACACAUGUACAGGUUAAAUGCAUGUCCUAAGAUUAGCUGAUGUUUUAGCUCUUAAGUUUGUGGUCUACAGCGACGGUUGAUGGUUUCAGACGUUGGACAUUGAGCUCUGAGUUUAGCGUCAAGCAUUCUGUGAGAGGCCAGUGAUUUCUGGCAGCCUUGACCAUUCCACAGAGGUUUUCUCUGAAGUAACUUUGGUGCUUUUAGUUUUUGAACCGUUGGACAGGUGGGCUAACCACCACCGCACGGCCCUGCUCUCUGUAAAGUGGGUCAGAAUAACUCCAACUACCUGGAAUCUGUGUUUUUAAGGCUUUAGAAGAUGUAAACCAUUAGUCCAUGCCGACUCCCUUUUAACUUCCAUAAUAGCCAUGUGCCAAAAUACUGGGGAAAGAAAGUAGAUCUUUCAUGCUAAGAGCUCAUGUUUUAUAUUAAAAAAAAAUUAUUUUUUUCUUUGAUUUGCACGUUUUAUUGUCUGGUUUUGCACAUUUUGAUGUAAAAGUAGGUUUUGUAUCAGAAAUGUUAAACAUAUCUGGUUGGUCAGUGUAUUGUAAAGAAAUAAAUUGAAGGCAAUAUUUUCUCUGUGCGAUAUUGCACAAGAAUUCUUA